AUGUUUGCGUCCAAGUUCCUCAACCUCGUCUCCUUGACGCUCCUCCCUGCGGCUCUUGCCCAGUCCGAAUACACAAACCUCCCAGCCGUCGCACCCGGCGUCUUCAACGCGACCGCACGCAUAGAAAUCAAGAGCACCGUCCCCGCCGCCUGGGACGUACUCACCGACUUCGCCAACUACGCAGCCUGGAACCCGUUUGUGCGUUAUGCGCUCACUACUUCAGCCAAGGGCAACAUCACCCUGCCUGAUCAGCGACCGGUCGAGGGCAACUUCCUCUUCUUCCGAGUGCAGAUUCCUGCGCUUCCGCUGCCGGUGAACAAGGACACGCCCGACAAUCUCCUGAACACGCAGUUGUCCGCUGAGCGCAUAACUCAUGUGCAGCCCGAGUUGGGAAGAUUGGCAUGGGAUUACUUGGGGGAACUCGCUAUUAGCUCGACGCGUUGGCAGGCGCUUAGCGACAUAGGCAAUGGUACAGUGUUGUAUGAGUCGAUAGAAGUGUUUCACGGGUUGUUUGCUGGAGUCUUGAAGGAUACGCUUGGAGAGAGUCUGCAGCAGUCUUUCGAGGCACAGGCAGAGGGACUGAAGUCCCUAUCCUUCUACCCGCAACCCAUAUCGAACUACCUCCGCAAAUCCACGCUCGGCCUCGCCAUCGACUUCCCCACCCUCAACGUCCUCGGCUUCACCUGCUACACCAUCUCCACCGCCUGCUUCCUCUACUCGCCGACGAUAAAAGCGCAAUAUGCGGCACGUCAUCCUGACGCGCCGGAGACGACGGUGCGGUUCAACGACUUCUUGUUCGCGGCACAUGGAGCAGUCAUGUGCGUGAUUAUAUAUAGUCAGUUCUUUGAGAAGAUUUGGGGCUUUGAGAUUGGUAAGAGGCAAAAGGUUAGUCGGGUUAUACUGGGGGUAUGGUGGGGAUGUGUGCUUGCUAUUGGGGUUGUGGUGGUGUUGGUCAAGAUGAAUGGGGCUGGACGGGGAUACGAUGCCGAGGGGUGGGCGUGGAUUGAUGUUAUCUACACGCUCGGCUACGUCAAACUCCUCACCGUCUUCCUCAAAUACAUACCCCAGGCCUGGGUCAAUUAUAAGCGCAAGUCGACACUGGGGUGGAGUAUAUACCCUAUGCUCCUAGACUUUGCGGGUGGCUGGCUUUCGCUCGCACAGUUGUGCAUUGAUUCUGCGCUGGAGAAUGAUUGGAGUGGUGUUACUGGUAAUCCAGUCAAGUUUGGACUGGGCAACAUCACUAUUGUGUUUGAUAUUAUCUUCAUGCUGCAGCAUUACGUGCUGUAUCGGCACCCGGGGAAGCAUAUUGAUGAUGAGGAUGAGGAAGAAAGGGAGGGGCUUGUACAGGGUCGGAGAGACUAG